ACAGAUAGGCGCGAUAGGCGUUUUAUUUCAUAUAAUUUGAUACAAAAACAAUAUCGCAAGUCCCGAUUCUCUAUAAUGUUUAGUUUAGAAGUUAUAUUUACAAUAAUAAAUUUCGAGGCAUUUAACCAUGUUUUUGUUUAAUAUAAUUUAUCAGAAAAUAAUAUAAAAAACAUUUAGCUUAUAAAUUAUAUUCAUGAAUAUGGUAUUAUCAUACUUUAAAUGAACACAACUUCUAAACUAAACGUGGUAGAGAAUUAUGGUUUGUCUUGGAAAUAUGGCAUUGUCUUUUUUUAUACAGAAUGUCCACGCUAAAGUGUGACUUUAGAAAGAUGAUGACUUGAUGACUUUGGAAACAUAUUUCAAUAACUAUUGAUGAUACGAAAAAAUUGUUUGGAUGUAAAUUGCAGGAAACAAUGGACUCUAUAUUGUAGCGUAAACGAAAUUAUUUUUAUAUUAUUAAUUUAAAGAUAUGUUGGUAAAGUGUCGUUUUUUUUUAAUGGAAUCAUGCGUUAGUGCUUUUCAAGACGAAUUCAUUGACUCUCUAUGUAUUUACUCGAUUUUUAUUAGUUUUCAAGAUGUAACGCUUCGAAAUUUACUGAUUUUCAGGGGAAAGGUAUCGUUUUGAGUUACAAGUCGUAAAAGCGAUCCUAUUGUUGCAGUGUUUGACUCUGCCCUUUUUAACCGAUAGCAAGAAACAUGGAAAGUAUUGCCCAUCACGGUCUACCUUUGGGGAUGCGGCAAACUUACACCGUGAUGGACAAUACUUUCCAUGUUUCUUACCGUUCGGGCCUGCCUUUCCGAGCGUAGACCCUUGUUUAUCGGUUUCAAGAGGCAGAGUCAAACACCGCAACAAUUGGGUCGCUUUUACGACUCGUCACUCAAAACGAUACGUUUCCGCCGAAAAUCAGUAAAUUUCAAAGCGUCAUAUCUUGAAAACUAAUAAAAAUCGAGUAAAUACAUUAACGGUCAAUGAGGGGUCCUAUGCGCCUGGGAAAAUAUUUGAGCUCCAUGCUCUACAUAUAACUUAAAAACAUUUAUUUCUUAACAAUUUACUUCUUGAAUGUGUGAACAUUAAGGGUCAAUGAAUUCCUCUUGAAAAGCACUAUCGCAUAAUAUCCUAAAUAAUAUAUAGUUCCAUUUAAAAAACGACACUUUACCAACAUAUCUUUAAAUUAAUAAUAUAAACAAAAUUAGAUUAUAAGAUUACUAGAUAAGGAAAAGGGGAUAUAAGACAAGGGAAGGGGACAAAUCUAAAAACCCAUAAAGGUAUGGCAAUAAAAUAAACAACAACAAACAAAUAAUAUAAACAAAAUUUCGUUUACGACACAAUAUAGAGACCAUUGUAUCCUGCAAUUUACAAUCUAAACAAUGUUUUCGUAUCAUCAAUAGUUAUUGAAAUAUGCGUCUGUAACACUUUAGCACACCCUGUAUAUUAAAUAAAAAUUCGGUCAAAUCCUCGAAAAUCGUAAUAGUGCCAGGAGAUUAGAAACUUUCAAAAUUCGAGUCGAUGAACUUCAGCUUAUCUACGAAGUUACGAGGGAACCAAUUUUGUGGGUCAAUAUAAUUCCGGCGAAGGUGGGCGAACAUACCCGAGCUAACCCUGAAUAACACGCGUCGAGUACAGUCGUCCGUCAAAAUUAUUGACCAUCGUCGCACUCGCCUCCAUCGAAAUUGUAGCUAAUACGUAAAACAUCAGUGCGUCGUUAUGAAGGAAACGUAUAUAAACGGUAUCGUUUCCAUGAAAUCUCUGCAAAGUUGUUUAAUAUCUGGCCGAGACUCGUCGUUACGCGAAAUGUCACUCGUUUGACAUAACCUUCUCGCUGUACAUACAUUUCCCGCUGCUCGGUAGUACAGUCGACUGAUUUUCUAUUGACGGGACUCCAUUGUGAACCUUCUUUGACGAAAGAAACGAGCACGAAUUUGUGAAGAACACGUUUAGCUCUGCGUUCAUCGAGUUCUUUGGAUUCAUCUCCGUUCCUUAAAAUGAAACGGAGUCGAUAGAUUCCUCGAGGAUGAAGCAAUUUCGAGGGACUGUACGGUCGAUGACACAGUACAGUCCACCGAAUAAAAAUUGACGAUGCCGGUGCAUUAUCGGGACGGUAUUCUGACCGAAAACGUUUCGUGUCUUAGCUAAAGACUUUUACCAUUUCACGACAGCUCGGAGAAUGUUUCCCAAGGAGGAAAAAUCGUUUCGAAAACGAUGCUCGAAUGGAAAUUGAAAGUUCCCGUGACACGGAGCGAGGACAAAAGAAUCUCGACGGGACUGUACAGCCGAAGUUGUAUUGACUGAAGUGUUUUCUUCGAGCGAGUGCAUUUCGUCGAAAACGAGACAUAUAAGGUGUAUCGACGGUGAAAUUACAAGGUUUCGUCCAUGCGUUGCAACGUCCACCGUGUGAUUUCCAUCGAAACGAAAGUUGUCCGAGUAAAUUCUUCGAGCGAAAUCGUGUUCUGUAAACAACGCAAUUGCAUUCCGUCGACGCUAAGGUUUCGACCUGUCCGAGCACUUCUGACACGGUGCGAUGUCGAAGACGAGAAAGAAACAAUAUUUUUCGAAAAGCGUUCGCGGCGGGACCUCGAUCGUUAGAUAAGAUGACCAGGCGGAUCGUUAAAAUUCGGAGAUCCCGCGACAAACGGAAAGCACGAUUGCACGGGGCUAAUUAAAAUUUUGAAAAACUUCCGGAUAGAGCACUGCCACUGUCACGUGGUCUCUUCUAUUCGUACGUCAGUUUUCGCGUAAAAUUUAAAAUUUUUCACGGGUCUUUCUUGCGGUACAUCUUUCUUCCAAAAUAAUUUUAAUAACUAAACGAAAUGGGGAAAACGAGAGGAGUGCACGAAACGACCCCGGAAUUGAGAAAUCGAAUGGUGGGAAUGUACGAGGCUGGUUUGGGUUUGCGAGAAAUCGCGGCAGCCGUCAAUUGUUCGCAACGUACAGUGAAGAGGUGGUUGAACAGAUUCGAUAAAGAAGGCACUGUGGAAACAAGAGAACGAUGUGGACGCAAAAGAGCCACCACCUCAGAACAAGAUGAAGCUAUUAUACGGCUUGCCACACAGACACCUAUAACAGCUGCUAAAGCUGUUCUUCCCGCUUUGGGACUCAACUGCUCUGUAGACACUAUAAGAGAAAGACUACAUAAAGCAGGAAUUCACAAUUGGAGUCCCUCCCGGAAAUACAUGCAAAGAAUUCCACUAGGCGACACGGAUGGUGUUGCUAUUCAACAACCUGUAUGGAGGCCCACUGGAACGCAGUUAGGGAAAAAAAAGUCUUCCAAAGAUUCUAGUAAAAACGAUAAAAAUACAGGCGCGACUAAGAAAAAGAAUCCCUCGUGGAAAAUUAGGGCUAAAGAUGUAUACGUAGGGGAUGGUGCUCCGGUAGAAAACGCAAAACAACCAACCGAACAGCAGGAAUUUAUAUUUUCGCAACAAAAUGCUCCUCAGCCUCAAGCUACCGAAAUGCAGUCGCCAUCCCAACCGUUACCUUCGAAUCAAACGGAAUUUGGCAACGCGUUGAGUUUAGUUCACCAAGAUCAGCCCGUUUACCAACACCCUGGUUUGAAUAUCUCUCAAAAUUGGCCGCUGGAUUUGGUGCAAGGAAGUCAUCAUUAUCCGCAGCAGCUUCAGGAGUUACGUACGCGUCAAGAGCAACAGCAACAUCACGAGCAACAAGUACGACAAACGAUUCCGGAUCAAACGCAUAGUCUCGAUCAGCAACGUCAACUCAAAGUAGAGCACCAAAUUCAACAUCAGCAGCAUCAAGAGCAUUUACACUUACAAUUAGCUAGUCCGCAAACCAAUACAAACACGAACUCCGAUACCUUUAACUCUUGUAGUUCUCAAGACAGUAACCAGUCUUCUAGCGGUGAACUUAAGCAAACCGAGAAUACGGCGAAGCCUGUCAAGAUGGAACGAUUUUUGCCCGUUAGGUUGCAGGAAGAUCCUCACCAGUUUUUGGAACUUCCGGCACAGAACGAGCCGCCGCGUUAUUUACGAGUCACUGGCGAUGACGAUACAGGAUGCAAGAAUCAGGAUCAGGUGAUCCUGCAACCCGACAGGCUUCAUUGUACGUCGAAAGAAGAUAGCGAAAGAAACAUGUCGCAGAAAAGGAAAAAGAAAGGUGGGAAAGCGAAAGGAACGUUGGAAACUAGCGUCGAAAUUCGAAAUCGUAUGAUCGGCAUGUCGGAAGCGGGCUUGUCCACGCUGUCUAUCGCACUCGCGAUCGAUAGAUCGGAACGUACCGUUAAAAGGUGGUUAGAACGUUGGCAUAAAGAAGGCAACGUACAGACGAAGGAAAGAAAGGGUCGUCGUCGAAUCACGACUAAGGAACAAGACGAAGCCAUAAUCGCUAUGGCUACCCAGCAGCCUCUGACCGCGGCUAAACACGUUGCGCCAGCUCUGGGCUUAAAAUGUAGCGUGGAUACGAUUAGGGAAAGGCUUCAUAAAGCUGGUAUUCAUAGUUGGAAGCUCGGAAAGAAGCAAGGGGAAGGAAACGCUGUACACACAGUGCACCUUUGGCAACCCAGCGGAAAUCGACCAAAUAAACCAAAAAUGCUUGGCGAAAAGAAGAAAAAAUCAAACGGUAAUAGAAAACGUGACCAAGGGUCGAGGAACACCCCGAAACGGUUAUCUUCUAAGAGAAGAAGAACCGAGUCUAUAUCGGUGAAAAGCGUCUCGCCGUCGACAAAUAUGAUACCAGAACAGCCCACUGUUUUACCGUUUCAUAAUCCUGCAACAAUGGCGAAUUAUGUUUCAGCUCCUAACAUAAUGCAACCUGUCCACAAUAUUACCGCAGCUCUUCCUACGCUUGCUCAACCUCAACCUCCGCCAGGUCCACCACCAGAGCCGCAACCGAUACAGCCAAUGGGUCCUAUGAUGCAACAAAGACCUGACUGCAGGUUAGCACCGGCUAUCGUGCCACCUGUGUCUGUGUCGGGACAGGAGAAUACCGGAGUUGCCUAUCCAUCGUGUAUGGUUGGAAAUAAUAGUCACACAGGUCACAACAUGGAACAACCAGACCCCUUAAACUACGAACCUUAUAUAUGGAGUUUCUAAGCAUCAAGGAUGAUGUAUAUAGACAUCAUUGAAUCGUAAACUAUUCAAUUUUGAUAUUUUUUACCGUGCCGUGUGAGAUUCAUUUUGAUCGUUAAAGCUAUUAGCUUUAUGUUAGCGCUUUGAACAAUAGUGUCACGUACGACACUGAUUUGAACGGUGAACCGCAUUUACGAAAGUAUUUUAAUGUUUUUUAAAGAUGCUAGAAAAAAAAGAACAAAA